GUCAAAAUAUAUAUUCUAAAAGUACAAAUAAUAACAAUGCUACCAAUUAUCUUUAUUGUUGAGAAUAUAUACUGUAUUAAAAUUUUAGACUUUGCAUUGAUUUAACAGGUCUGUGAUCUGCAGCAUUAUGACUAGUCAGAUACGUAAGAUCAGCUUCGAUGCCCAGGAGACUAUUACAUAUCUGGUGGAGACAUUUGAUAUAGAUCAUAAAGAGGUUGUUGGUUCCUGGGUGUUACUGGACCCUAAAGUUGGGGGCUGGCUGCUCAACCCUGAUCAUCCCCCGAUUACAUUCAUGCAGACAGUUCUCUCUCUUCAGACUUCUCUGCCUAAGAUGUGUGCUGGCCACCAGGAUGAUGUGUUGCACGGUGAUUUAGAGGCCCUAAGUAGCAUCACGCAGGUCCUGUAUACUAAACUGUGCCAGAGUCAACUUUGGACCAUUUUCCUUCACUUGGAGAUGAGGAUUGUUCCCACUCUUGCUGUAAUGGAACUUCGAGGCAUUAGAGUGGACAAGGAGGUAUUGAAGCAGAGGGGACAUAUGCUCAAGCUUAAAAUUCAAGAGGUUGAGAAGCGUUGCCACCAAGUCUCGGGCUCGGUGUUUAACGUGACCUCCCAUGCUCAGCUGAGGACUGUCCUAUACCAGGAGCUGAAGCUGGACAUUAAGAACAAAGUGGUGGUCCCUCGUACUGCUGCUGGACAGAAGAGUACAAGUGAAGUUGCAUUGGGUCGUCUGGUGGGUUUCCAUCCUCUGCCAGAACUUGUGCUGCAUCAUCGCCUCCUUAAUAAACUUAAAACAACUUACAUUGAUGGCAUUAUGGCAUGUGUGCAGGGAUCCUAUAUUAAAGCUGCCUGGGAGCAAACUUCAGCAUCUACAGGUCGAAUUCAGUGCCGCAACCCAAACCUACAGUCUAUUCCCAAACACUCGGUUACAGUUACAUUGGACAAUAUUGAGACAGUUGUGUUGGCCCGAGAAUUUUUCCGAAGUAGAGAUGGUUAUAUCCUCGUGGCUGCAGACUUUCAACAGACAGAGUUACGUAUGUUGGCUCACUUGUCUCAGGAUGCAGUUUUACUUGCUGGCUUCAGGCAGCCAAAAUCACAACUCAUUGACAUAUUCAAACAACUCUCUGCUUUGUGGCUAGGCAAAGACGUGAGUGAGGUGACAACAAGUGAACGAGAACGCACAAAAAGAGUUGUAUAUGCUGUAAUUUAUGGAGCUGGACGAGAUAAGUUGGCAGAAGUGCUUCACUUAAGUCCACUUGAAGCUAAGGACAUAAUAUCAUCCUUUAUGAAACAUUUUCCUGGUAUCCCUGGAUACAUGCGUUGUGUGGUUGAUCUGUGCAAGGCCCAAGGAUUCCUCACAACAAUAUUCAACCGUCGACGUUUCUUCCCAGGCAUAACAUCACAGGAUUCAGCUAUUCAAGCUCAGGCUGAGAGACAGGCGGUCAAUUUUGUCAUCCAAGGUUCAGCAGCAGACAUUAGCAAAGCAGCAAUGGUGCAAACAGAAGCAGCCCUUGCCUCCCGUCGUGACCUGGAUGCCAGGCUCCUCAUACACAUUCAUGAUGAACUGGUGUGGGAAGUUUCAAAUGAUCAUGUCAAUACAUUUAUUAAUAUUAUUUGGGGCAUAAUGGAAGAUACACGCAAACUGUGUGGGCCAUUUGUGCAGGUGACUGUUCCGUUGCCCGUUGCUGUUUACAGUGGAGCUAAUUGGGCUCACCUGCAGCCUUGGAUAAGCAAGUGAGAAUCUUUUGUCAUAGUCUCAUUAUAAAAGUUCAUAAUACUGUAUAAUGUGUUUAGUUAUUGUUCUGUUGUCAUAAGUGUGUGAUAAUUGACAGUAAUUAAGGGAUUCAUACAAAUGUAACUGAUAGUGCUUAAGUUAUGGGAGUGAUUAUCACUUGCUUCAACUGUGAUAAGAGUUACUUUGUGUUGAGAUAUAUGCAGGCUUCUAAAAGAGUACCCUUGAUAUUCCUCCCUUCCUACUGUAUAUACACAUCUGUAUCUCACUUUAUUUUCCUCAUUAUUAUUUUAAGAAUGUAUUUCAGUUGACUUUAAAUAUGUAGUCCAUUAAAUUAAUUACUUAAUAUUGGAUAAAAAUCUUGCUAAAUUACCCAUGUAUGCAGAUGUCAUGUUGGCUGUGAAUAAAUAAGGUCACUUGUCUUGUUUUGGAAGUUAUCUUCCCUAAUAUACAGUACAUUUGUUAUUCUUCCAACAAAUAUAGUUUGCUAAUAUAUGCUGUCUGAAAAGUUUAUUAUUAUUAUUUGUAUUUAGGAAUAUUAGGGUAUUAAACUCAAAUCCAGAGUUCUUGUGUCUUUUUAAAUCAAUCAACUGUACCAACUAAAAGUAACAUUACUUGAUCUAGUCUCUCUUUCUGGAGAAGCCUCGUGGUGGUUCCCUGAUGCUAUCUCGCUGAGAUGGCAUCCCCACUACUAAGCCACAUCAGCCAUAGGGAUCCUGUAUGGCUGGGCCAUACAGGGACCAGAAACACAACCUAGGCACAGGCAGCAGGGCAUUAUUACCAUUAUUAUUAUUAUAAUUAUUAUUAUUAUGGGAAUUAUCAUCUGGGAACACUCAACGUUUGAACACUCAACGUUUGAACACUGGGUUCAAACGCUCAUCAAGGCUCUUGUGCAUUUGUUCAUUACCAUCACUGUUACUGAGAAAACAUUGAGAAAGUAAACGAAGCAAUAGAGACAAGGUUCACCUCAAACAAAGCACCAAAACAGCCAAACGACUAGGCAAAUGAUUCGCUGAAAUCCAGACAACUCGCUGGAAACUAGCUCAAUCAGCCACACCCCAGGAGAUCCAGACUGCCAUGCCAGCAAUGAGUCUGUCCUGUUGUUGAUAUCUGAGAGCAUUCACACCUUCCUGAAUCACCAGCUGUAGUGAGUCCGACUUCUUUAGAAGAUAAGUGUGGGAAGCAUCUCUUGGAAUUUGUUCUGUGGGAGCCAUUUGCUCGUGUGUCUUUCCUGACAUACAGUAUGUAUUUGCUUUAUUUACAUUUGCUUCAUAUGCAUUUGUUUAUAAGCUCACUUAUUGCUCAAUCUUCGCUUCAAUCAGCAUGCGUUUAAGACAUCCCUUCCCUAAGCGCUCGUUUAUUAUUGUCCCUGCACUGACAGUGACUUUUCUGGUAUACUGGGGAGUUAACCCCUGAGAGGCCAGGAUGCUGUAUGGGGAGCUUCAUUCUAGCUAUUGCAAAACUCUGACUCCUUUGUGGGGCCCCGCAGUUUGAGUUGUUUAGGGUGUUUACCAUUGCUGGAACUGAUGAUGGAAAAACUCCUAAAUGACUCCUAGCACGCCUUACCAAAAUCACUCCUCGGGCUGCCUUACCACAAACCACAACCACCAGCACAAUGAGUAAGAACUCCCCCCCCCCUCCCCCUCCAGCUGUACAAACCUCCCAAUGACCUGCCACUUUGACUAAGAAACCAUAUAAACCAUAUUCUCCCACGACACAUCCAACCACUCCCAGAUAUUCAACACGAUGUACUACUGGCACAUCAAAGAAGACCGAUGUAAUCACAUCCCAGAUGUACCAAUUUGAAAUACGACAAUAUAACAACCCAUCUUCAACUAACCUACCUAACAUUAUUUACCCCAACCUUACCUAACAUUAUACACAUCAACCCCCUUACUAAAUGUAUUCUACCUUACCUUACCUUACCAUAAUCUGUCCUAACCUAUCCGAUUUACGCCCAACUCUCAAACUCAGUCUUUUGCCUAAACCUCACACUUUUCAUAAAACAGCAACACUUUGAUACCACCAUUAACACAAUUCCUUAUCUUUGCCAUCCUGAGUCCAUUUCCACUCAUAUGUUUAUUAUCCUCAUUAUCCUCAUACAAAUAGAUGACAUCAAUAACUUCCAAUCUCUGCCAAAUUAUAAACAUUGAUGUGGCACUGUGAGUGCUGCAUCUUUCAACAUCACCACUCGUGUAGUCAUCGGAGGAAAAACCUUCAUGCAAACUGCAUGUAUCAUGAAGAAGUAGUAGUUGUGGUGCACACUAGAGUUUGUGUGCUUGUUCCUGUGGCAUUCCACUGAUGUCCUUCAGAGCAAGUUUAUCCUGUAGGCAACAUUCGAUGUAAGCUCUUUUGGAGAGUGUCGCUAGUGCCUGGGUGUCCUGCUUGGUUACACUCCUUCAGGCCCUGGUAACUCUGCAGGUCUGCGGUGAGGCUUGUAAUAGAUCGUCUUGCUAAGCCUACACUCAAUACUUGGAAGUUUGAAGUCCCUCUCUUCAAAAAUACUCAUUGGCUUUGCUACAGGCUGGCAGUCAUUUGUUUCAUCCACCAUGCUGCCUAUUGGGUCGGUGACACCUUCGACCCUGAAGCCUGCAACAUUUACAUUACCAGGUCUCUAUUUUAUCUGAGCCUGCCUCAGAACAGGAGGCUUAUCAGAUGGCUGCAGCUUUGCUGGCUCGUUUUUCCCACAUUUGUAGUUCGUGGAUUGCUGCUCAAAAGGAUGUCUUGGGGCUCAAACAGGGUCUGCCUCCCUGUUUUCACCUUUCCUAUUUGCUGUGGAGGCAAAAUUUGUGUGGAGUUUCCACGGGAAAUGCCACAGGAGUUUCUUCUGUAAUUUUGGUUUCAUUUGCUACCUUUUGGCCCCUCAGUCGAGUUCUGUCCCCCCUCGGCUCGGAGGUGAUCUUGAAGGGUUGAGAUUUCGCCUGAUGUUGGUUGGGGUCGGCUUCCAUCAGCUGACAUCUCCUGUUCAAUGUCACAACUAUGCAUUGAGGAAAGAUGACUCUGCUUGAACGGUCUUCGUGGUGGCCCUUUCAUGGUUAUACUCUUUUGAUAGUGUUGUGAGGGGAAUGUGUGGUCCAAGUUGCCAGAUCCUGAUCCCAUGAUUCGUGAGUCUUGCAGGUAGUUUCCUAGGGUGUCCGGUGGAAUUGGUCUACCAUAUUCUCUUCUGUUAGGCUCAGGGGUUUGAGCUACAUGUUCUACCCUUAGCUCCAUGUGGUCAUUACAACGUGGUUGAAUACGGGCAUGGUCGACUUAACCUCCUCCCUUUGGUGGGAUCCUGGUUGUUCCCAGUCCCCCAAGUUGGGACUCAGCAGACCUAUUAAACAUUCUCAACCUGUCUGGUCUGACCAGUUUCAUUUCAUAUCCAACCUUUUCAUAUGACCACUUUUGCUCAGGGUUGUACUGGAUGUGGUGUCCUUGGAUCUCAAGAGUGCUUCCGACAUGUUCUUAUUUACCUGAGGUUCCAGGACUAGUUAGGGUUUCUUUUGAAGAAACCCUAACUAGUAAGCAGUUAAGUAUCCCAAACCCUAGCUAGUAGCAGUUGGUAUCUUGUGAAAAAGAUAAUGCUUCAAGGUUCUACCCUUUGGCAUGAAUCUGGCUCUUCAAAUCUUUACCAGAUUAACAUGGGUAGUUGUGACUCGAUUACAUCUCUUGGGGAUUCGUGUCUUGGCCUUUCUCAACAACUGGCUGCUUUGGGGUCUCGGCCAGUCCAUGUGUCGGCUAGCCAGGGAUUAGCUACUUACCCAUCCAACCAGGUUUGGGUUCUUGAAGAACUAAUGAAAGUUCCAAUUGGUUCUGUCAAGGUUGGGGUUGGUUUGGGAUUCCUAGUCGGUGUCUCUUUCCGUGCCUCCCACAGCUCUACUAAAUACUUGCCUGCAUGGUAUAUCCCCGUGGCAGGGUUCCUCUGGUUUCACCAGUUUUGCCACAACCUGAACUGUCGGGUUUGGGCCCUAUCUGCCCAUCAGCUCUUGCUUUUCCAGCUUCCUUUUUGGGCAGUUAGGGGUUGGGUUAUGUGGUGCCAUCCUCACCUAUCACUCGAUGUAUUCAUGGAUGCCUCAGGUUUAGAUUGAGGUUAUGUGACCAGCGCUCGCCAAGCCUCCCAUAGUUGUUGGUUGGACCUAGCUCUUUCCCAUUUGGAGCUGCACUCUUUGUAUAGCUCAACUUCUGGCUUCUCACAAUUUUGUUCUUCUCAUGUAUCAUGUGAAGUGUAUGUAACUUUCUCACAGACAGUUUAUCUUGCUUCUAACCCAUUUCUGCAGAAUGAACCGAUGAUGCAUUCUUCUGUUGGCUCUGAAAGACUUUCAGUUGCCCCAAGGUGAACCUCUUUCUAUCAGAAUGGAACCCCAAUUGUGAGGCUCUUAGGGUGGAUGCCUUUUGGCUGGACUGGUCGAGGUUGGGGUUCCUGUCUCUCUCCCUUAGUUCAGAUGUUGCUCUGGGUGUUGUCCAGGCUGGAGACAUGCUCAGGCAAGGUGGUCCUUCUGGCUCCUUGGUUUCUGGCCCUGUGUAUUUUUGUCGUGGCCAGACCCAAGUAUUUUUGUUGUGGCUCCACCUCUUUCAGCAGUACAGCCAGGUUGAUAUCUUGCUGGUUCGACCUUCUCUGCCAAUUUGUGUGUGUGGAGUAUUUGACACUAGUGUCUUACCUGUGUGGGGACAUCGCAGUGUUAGUACGAAGUUUGUCUCUUCGUCAUGUUUCUUCUGCUGAUAUUCGGGGCCCUGGAGUUUUGAAGGUGGAAAAAAAAAAAAGUCCUCACAACUCCUUAUCUGAUUAGUGUUCCUGAUGUUGGUCAAGCAUGUGUUGCCCUCAAUUAAGUUUUUCCAUCCCAGGAUCCUGUCUUUGUGAGCGUAGUUGCUGCCCUUGUCAUCCCUGGUAAGUACCAUGUUAUGGUUAUGGUAUGUCUCAUGGUAAGCAACCGUGAGACUACUCCAGGAAGCCAGCAUUGAAUGUAAUGAAAUGUCUAUCUGGUAGGGGCUUGGUGACUCCCUAAUUCCCUUCCAUUGAUGCAGCCUUCCUGCUGCGCCAGUUCAUGGUCUGUCAACUCCAAGCUGACUCAUUGUUGGUGUGGGAGUCUGGAGCUCCAUGGGUGUGGCCACCUGUCAGGGGGUCUGUCACAACUAGAAUUUGAGCUAGUCUGGAAUGAGUCGUUUGGGUUUGAGCGAGUCGGUUGUGGAAUCAUUUGGUUGUUUUAGUGCUUCAUUUUCUACGAGCCUUGCAGUCGUCUGUAUUGCUUCACUUACUUCCUGGAUGUUUUCUUUGUGAGGUUGAGUGUAACCAUCCCCUCCUCCAUGUGUGUCUGUCAGGAGAGCCAGGUUCUGGCUUUGGUCCCUGGUAGAUCAUACAGACUCCUAUGUGACCCAGUAGUGGGAAGCCAUCUCUGCGAGACAGCUUUACGGAGCCACCGAUGCCCUACCAAAAUGAAGCAUUUAAUUACAUUCAAUGGUGAUUCUGCCAGUGUUUGGUUUUAUAGGCAGUUAAGUUGGGAGAAGUUGGUAAAUUUGGAAAGUUAGUUAGUUGAUCAUUAGGGAUUAAGACAUGUUGACAGUCAACUUUGUGCAUCACAGCACACUCAGACUCUUCAGACUUCAAACUCAAACUCAGAUUCAGACUCAAACACACUCAGGUUUUAUUCAAGCUGUGAUAUCAUUGAUUCAUAACCAGAUCAAUUUAAAUUAAAAAAUAUAUGGAAAAUAAACUUUUUCUUACAACAGCAGAGGAAUCAAAUUAGAAUUUGAGAAGAAUGUAUUAUGUUGCCAGGUGUAGUUAAUGUAUCCUUCAGUGGAAUAAUGCCAUUGUUAACUCUGAAUGUGUUGUGAAAAUUAUAUUAAAAGAAGUUCUACAUGUUUUAGGACUCUAUUUUCUGAUAAAUUUGAUAGACUUCUCCAAUGUUAAGAUGAUAGUUACAAGUGACAGGUAAUCCGGUUAUAAAGGACAAUAGGUAUGAAAUACAAAUGGACAAAAACUGAAGGACUUGGUGAUUCCUUUCUCACAAGAGCACCAAUGUCAGUGUGUGAUGUUGUAAUACACCUGUAUGCCCCAGUGACACAUGUGUUGGCCACCUUGUGUCUUGACCAUCACAUGUGUCGUGACCAUCACAUGUGUUGGCCACCUUGUGCCUUGACCAUCAC